CUCAACAUGGCCCCAUACUCAAAUUAUUUUGAGUAUUGAUUGAGAGGAGAUGCCUCACCCUUUCCCAUUCAUUUCAUUCGGCCAUAUCAAGGGAAGAAGCUCCAGGAAAGUCUUCUCUCACUUAGUCCAUGGUUGAAGGAAGCAAGAAGAGAGGAAAGUCCAAGAAGAAAAGCUAGGAGAAGAGGAGUUGAAAUCGCCGGAAACCGCCAUUGUUGGGGACUGUUUUCGAGCUGCAGGCCCGAAAGCCGCCCACCUUUUGCAAAAGCCGCCCGGCUUUUGUCUGCUGUCCAGAAUUUUCACUUUCAAUUGGCCUAGAACGGGGAUUGAUCGAAGGGCUUAGCAAAGGCAACUAGUUGAGCACAUCAUAAGUUUUCAGGUAGAAGCUAGAGCUUGCUUCCUGUACCCGUUGCUUCGGGAGUUCUUGGAGAGAAGACGUGAAAUGGGAGGUGGAAGCAUUUUGAAAAGGAUGGACUCGGAAUGGGUUGCACCGGGUGGAACCGGGCAUGCCAACCGAGAAGAGUCUUUAGUACCAAGAGGUCAAGAUACUCUAGGUGCUCAAAUUGUGGGUGAUUGUCAGGUUGAGACCAAGGACGAGUCGCCUUUUCAAGGUGAAACUGAACCACUCGAGGCUUCGAGUGAGGAAAGCAAUGACUACGACGAUGAUGGCUUUGGCAACAAGUCUAUAGAACAAAUGGACAUGAUCAUAGAUUUGCUUCAACGUGAACGUGUGAGGCUUUUACAGAAACGCCAAGCAAGGCAAGAAAAAGGGGGACCAAUGGGAAGGAAAAGGAUGCGGGGGGACAAUGACUCCCAAUGGCAUUCUAAGAGAAGGAAUAGUGAGGGUGACAAAACCUUCGAGGGACCUGCACCACCACCAAAGUGGAAUAAUAGCUUUAAAGGUCAAGAAGUGAGGCCUCAGGGCUCUAGGGUCCGGAAAUGCGACAAUUGCAACAAGUAUCACUUUGGAGAGUGCCUCGAACCAAGAAGAUGUUAUCUUUGUAAGGAUAACGGACACAUUAAGUUCCAUUGCCCUCAACGAAUACAUGGAAGGGUAAUGGAGAAGAAAAACUACGUUGAGAAAAAUUAUGAAUUCCCAAAAGGUUACCCAUACUGGGAGGUGGGACAUAUGAAGGUAACGUGCCCACAACUCGGGCAAAACUCAGGGUCACGAGCCUCGGCGAAACCUAGAUGCAGAAACUGCAAGAAAAACCACAUGGGUAGGUGUUGGGAUCCUCCUAAAUGUUACCAAUGUGGGGAGGUGGGGCAUAUGAAGGUAGCAUGCCCCCAACUCGGGCGAAAACAAGCCACAAGGGUUGAUGGUGGAACCUCGGGAGGCAAAAGCCAAACAAGAACAUCUCAUCCAAGCACGGGAGAUGGAGGGGUUAUGAAAGGCAAGUCAUCCUUCGUGAUCGAGGGAGAAACUCAAGAUUCGGUCAAUCCAAUUGCAUCGGUAGAUGCUCGGGAAGAAACCCAACCCUAUUGAAGGUAAUCUUUCAUAAACUCUUAAUAUUAAUUCUUAUGUAAACAAUAGAAGUCUUGGGAGUGUCUAAAUUUUAUAACCCCGACCAACCGAGCCUGUUGUGGAUCAAAAAGGAGGGAAGUAUACCAGCCCUGGGCGAACGCCGCCCGACGUUGACGGAAGCCGCCCGGCCCUUGUCUUUGAAUUAAUUAAAAAAUUCUACGGCGCUGAACGUCGGCCGGCAUGUGUGCAACCCGGCCGGCAUACGGUGAUGAGUCCUUGUGGGAAGGAGGUUGGUCGCAAAAGUCGUCCGAGCUUCGAUAAAGCCGCCCGGCUUUUGUAAUUUAAUUUUGGAAUAAAUCUACGGCGCUGGAUACCGGCCGGCUUUCGUUGAAACCGGCCGGCGUUUGUUUUGUGGGCAAAAUCCUACGCGGCCGGAAACCGGCCGGCCUUUGUGAAGAGCGGCCGGCGUUUGGGAUGUAAUUAAUGGGAAAUUCCACGGCGCUGAAAGCCGCCCGACUAUCGUAAACAGCGCCCAGCUUUCGUAGCGACCAGUUCUGAGAUGUUGGCCAAUGGACGGAGACCGGCCGGCUUUGGUUAAAAGCGGCCGGCUUUCACCUUGUUGUACGCGGCGUUGCUUUUAAGAGCAAGAACUGGUCGGGUCGCGAUGGAGCGUGGGACUACUACCAUCUACACCCUAGUAGGUGUACCCUACGACUUAUGAAACAGGCCUAUUGGGUAGGGAAUGUACCUUACGUCGAUUACAAAUGUGGGAACACUAAAGAUUGGGAAGAAGACGCGAAAAUAUUUAUCAAGACUAAAGCAUAACGAUGAAUAGUGAAUGAGGUUUUUGACGAGGGUAGCAAGCGUACCUUCGAUGUUGAGGUUAUAAAACGAUUUAUUCCCACACUAUUAUAGAACGAAUCUAAGACAAGAUCUUUAUGUGUUUCUUUUGGUAUAUGGGAGUAUGUAGAGAAUGCUUAGUGUGAUCUCAUAUCAUGACACAUGAAUGAGCCAAGGACUAUCCUUGAAAGGGAUUAGACGUAAAAGCAUCAUGCUAGGGUGACUUCCACGCAAACAUGUUGGAAGGUUAAUGAUAAACUAAGAAUCAAAUUGUGAUCAAUAUUAGGAUACGAAUGGUCGGAUCAAGCCACUCCCCGGGGAGAGUAGUGGUUCAAAUUGCAUAAACGGUGGAUGAGGAAUCCUGGAGUUGUAUGAUUUCCCAGAAAGGGGAAAGGUCACAAUCAAGGGAAUAUAUCCUUAUAGGGUAUUGAUGACGUGAUCGACCGCCUAAAGAAGCAAUGACAUUAUCGAAAUGGACCUAUGACUAGAUUGUAGUUCUCUAACAUUUGGAGGGGUGACAUGCCUAGGAGUGAUUUAUGCACUCGGUACGGGCACUACAUGUAAUUGGGGGUGUAUUUGUUACUGAAGUACUACUACUUAAAACCAUCUCGGAGUGCUGGAAGCCCAAGGAGGUGAACGAGACUAGUACGUAGUUUCAUUUGAUACGGACGACACUAUUAGAAGUUGGUGAAUGAGCCCUUUCAUGUUGGGAUCACCGUUAGCGUGACUUACUCAGGAGGGGUUAAGUUGCAGGGAGGUGACCAUUAUGAGGAUGAUUCAUGGAAUCAAUGAAAAGAGUUGUUCAAGCAUCAAUACUUGUCUUAUCCAUUCGUGGGUUAGUGUACGGUGUCUAAAAUUAGACAAACAUCUAAGGGGUAGAUGUGAGUUGAUUCAAUAGGGGAAGAUGAUUGCACCUGUUUCACUUCCGAGGAAAAAAAAAAGAGGUAAAUUUCUCUACUCUUGAAUAAUGGUAGGGGGCUCUAGUAAGUCAUCAAAGAAAUGAAAAGAUUAUCUCUACAUGGAGAUGUGUCAUACAUAUAAUCUGACUAUAUGAGUUUGAAGUGAGUGUUCACUCCAAAAGAGUUGAGCGCUUGACUGCGGUGAUGGAUGGGGGGUUGGAAAACUACCAUCUAGUGAUAAAGUAUUGUACAUGUAUGCCAAAUUUUGUAACAAAUGCCUUAUACAAAAGGACCUGAUCGAGCUACUACUGAAUAACAUAAUAACAAUUAGUACCCACAUAGAAGUGGAGAGCGAUUGAGUGGCGAGUUUGGGAUGAGAACCAUCCUAGCAGUUGAAAUCAAAGAGAACUCAGCAUAUGAUGAAAUUCUGAGGGAGAGGUGAUGGUCUCUUUUUGUUUUGCAGUCAAGAUUGUGUAGCGUCAGAUGGUGAGCUUUGAAAGAUCAUUUCAGGGGCUCAUUGAUUAACGCAUGUCAUACACUGGUAAGGUUCGUUAUGUAUGUGAUUUUGAUGAAGGAUAUUGUUAGGGUGGAUACCUUACUUGCUAUUAAGUUAAGGUAGUACACUAACACUUGGGUAUGUUGUUACAUCCACCUUGUAUUCAUGAGUGGUAGUAGUAACCAUUUAUUACAGAUUUUGUGUCGCGGCCACCAUGAUGGUGAAAGGUUAUGAUGGAGUUUUGGGUCGUGGUUGAUGGACUGACAAGAGUACAUAGCCACUAUCUAUAGACACAACCUAUCAAACUGAGAAGAUAGGCACACUGUAGGUAAGUGAAACCUAGAGAUUUCACCGUGUACUUUUGAGUACCGCGCUAACUAGAUGAAUUGAACAUUAUUUCAUUCAUAGAAUGAUGAACUACAUUAAUUGUUACACAUACUUUGGAAGGGCACGUCGGGUCACGUCCCUUAAAUUUUCAUGAAUGAUAAUGAUGACAAUUAAAUUGGUAUGAGGCCAAACAUUAAGCACUCAUGGGGCUAGCAACAAGAAAAAAAAAGGGAUAGUUAUGAGAUUAGUAUUACAUGCCACCAUAGAAGCGUUGUAUGGAUAAAGAUGUUAGAAACCCAUACACUAAGUCGAGUUUGGGACAACCGAUCUCUGACGUACAAGAGUAGUAGAGUCUACUAAGGGAGAUGUGACAUCGGUUCGGAUUUAAACAAAGCUUUGUUUAAAGUAAACGAGAGAUUCGUGCCAAGGAAGGACGAAGAACUAUAAAGCUGAAAUCAAAGGUAGGGUAUUUUGAAAUUUUAACGCCCUAAGAACUGUCGUAUCCUUAUAAAAGGGUGAAUGAGAUCUACACUACAUCAAGCUAGCUGAAAUUCUAGAAAGAAUUGAUGCCAUAUUAUACCAACCAUGAUUGACACCAAAAUUUGUCUCGUGUCGUGAAAAAAAAAAAAAACAAUAGUACGAAAGUGUGGGAAAUGUGAACUGUAUUGGACAACCAAUAGGGAUAUUGGAUAAACCAGUGAGAAGAUUGAGAAGCAUAGGGGUUUCCAACGGUUAAGACCUUGGUUAUGAAACUGAGUCGAAAUGGAGACUCAGGAAAUGAUGGUUCUAAGAAUAAAGCACUACUUCGUAUGCGUUCGAGUAGCGGUGUGAAUUUCGGGGACGAAAUUCCCAUUAAGGGGGGGUGAACUUGUGACACCGCACCCGGAUGUACUUGAGUUUGAAAUUCAAUAUGUAUUUGAAUUUUCUAUGUGAAUAUUGAUGUGUGCAAGAACGACAUAUUUAAUUAAUGAAGGAUUAAUGAAGUUAUUUAUCAGGAUCAUGAUACUGAGAGCGGACUACCAAAUAAUUAGUUGGGUCAUCAUAAUAAUUAUAGGAGCCCAAUAAAAUGUCAACUAAGGUUGAGAAAAAUGUUUAGGCAACCCAAAUAUUAAUUUGACUCAACCUGCCAAAAAUAGCUGGAAUAAUUGGGAGAACUUCCUACACCCAUUUGGGAAUUUCCUACACACUUUGUAGAGUCUAAAUAAGUCAAAUUUAGACAACUUAAGAGAAUUGGUGCGGAUGAAUGAUGGAGGAAGCCUCCUAGGGACAAAACAUACUCAACAUGGCCCCAUACUCAAAUUAUUUUGAGUAUUGAUUGAGAGGAGAUGCCUCACCCUUUCCCAUUCAUUUCAUUCGGCCAUAUCAAGGGAAGAAGCUCCAGGAAAGUCUUCUCUCACUUAGUCCAUGGUUGAAGGAAGCAAGAAGAGAGGAAAGUCCAAGAAGAAAAGCUAGGAGAAGAGGAGUUGAAAUCGCCGGAAACCGCCAUUGUUGGGGACUGUUUUCGAGCUGCAGGCCCGAAAGCCGCCCACCUUUUGCAAAAGCCGCCCGGCUUUUGUCUGCUGUCCAGAAUUUUCACUUUCAAUUGGCCUAGAACGGGGAUUGAUCGAAGGGCUUAGCAAAGGCAACUAGUUGAGCACAUCAUAAGUUUUCAGGUAGAAGCUAGAGCUUGCUUCCUGUACCCGUUGCUUCGGGAGUUCUUGGAGAGAAGACGUGGUUCGUGCUUCCUCCGUUCUGUUUUCAAAACAAUUACAAUGAUGCUCAUGGAUAAUGUUUUCUAAUAAAUUAUUGAGGGCUUGUAUGCCCAAGUUUGCCAAGUGUGGCUUGAACACUUGUAAUAUUGUUUCCGCUG